CUCUCACCCUGUGCUGAUAAAUACCUCCGCAGACGGGUUUGGCCAUCCCACUCGGAGCUGCCUAACGAGAACAGAUGCCGGCCGGCCGGGGGCUCGCCUUGGCCGUGUUAACAUGCUCCUUACAAAUCAGCAUCCUGUCGGCGGGGCCGACCCCCAGUUCUCCCACGAAGCCAAAAAACGUGACGAGCCCUCCACUGCCCAUAGACUGCAAACUGAGCUCCUGGAGCGAAUGGUCGCCGUGCGACCCCUGCCUGAAACAGUCGUUUCGUUCCAGGACAAUUGAGGCCUUUGGACAAUUUAAUGGGAAAAAGUGCUUGGCCAGUCUAGGAGACAGACGGAUGUGUGUGCCCUCCGACAACUGUGAAGACGCUGAUGAGGACUGUGGCAAUGACUUUAAGUGUGGAACAGGCAGGUGCAUAAAGAAGCGACUUCAGUGCAAUGACGAUAAUGACUGUGGAGACUUUUCAGAUGAGGACGACUGUGAAGGCGAUCCCCGUAAACCCUGCCGGGACAGAGUGGUGGAGGAGUCCGAGCUGGGGCGGACGGCCGGCUUUGGGGUCAACGUCUUAGGGAUGGUUCCCCUAAGCACACCUUUCGACAAUGAGUUCUACAAUGGCCUCUGUGACCGCGUUUGGGAUGGAAACACCUUGACCUACUACCGCAGGCCCUGGAACUUGGCUGUUCUGGUCUAUGAAACCAAAGCCGAUAAAAACAUGAGAACUGAACAUUAUGAAGAACAGCAUCAAGUACUAAAACAUGUCGUCCAGGAGAUAACAACACAGCUGGGUGUGCAUUUGUCUCUGAAAUUCACACCGACUGAAAAAUAUGAGGUGCCUUCUGUUGAAGUUCAACAUCCUUCUGAGGGAGAAGACCCCGAGCCACCGAAUAUCUCCCCAAAAAGAAGUGAUCCUUCCCCAGAAAGUAGUGAUCCUUCCCCAGAAAGUAGCAGUACUUCCAUAGGAAGUAUUAAAAGCUCAUUUGAUUUUAGGUAUUCCAGAAAUGAAUCUUACCAUCUGUUGCUGUCAUCUUCUUCUAUGAAGGGAAAAAUGUUUCUGCAUGUGAAAGGAGAAGUUGAUCUGGGAAGAUUUGUGAUGAGGAACCGGAAUGUUGUGCUGACGCCAACUUUCAUGGAUGAUUUAAAAAGACUGCCAACCAGCUAUGAAAAGGGGGAAUAUUUCGCAUUUUUGGAAAUCUAUGGAACUCACUACAGUAGCUCUGGGUCUCUAGGAGGACUGUAUGAACUAAUAUAUGUUUUGGAUAGAGCUACCAUGAAGGAAAAAGGUAUUGAACUAGAGGAUGUAAAGAGAUGUCUCGGGUAUAAUGUGGAUUUAUCUGUGAAUGUCGGAGUUGAACUCGGAGCACAGUUUGAUAAAAGUGAUUGUGUAAAGAGGGGUGAUGGUAAAACUGUAAACAUCACCAGCGAGAGCAUCAUCGAUAAUGUCAUUUCGUUCAUCAAAGGAGGAACCAAACAACAUGCAAUCCAGCUGAAAGAGAAGCUUGCCAGAGGAGCCGGGACAGUGGAUGUGACUGACUUUGUCAACUGGGCAUCUUCCUUAAGCGAUGCCCCAGUGCUCGUGAAUGAAAGGCUGUCUCCUAUAUAUAAUCUGAUUCCAUUGACAAUGAAAGGGGCAGAUCAAAAGAAAGAAAAUUUGGAAAGAGCCAUUGAAGAUUAUGUCAAUGAAUACAGUGCAAAAAAAUGCCAACCAUGCCAACACGGGGGCACCGUGGUUCAGCUGGAUGGACAAUGCAUGUGCACUUGCCCGAUCACAUACGAGGGAGUUGCCUGUGAAAUCAGCAAACGAAAAGAUCCUCCAAAAAUGUCACUUGGAGAAGAAUAGAGUUGUUGGCUUCUCUGGGACCACAAGGAAGGACUCUCGAUUGAAGAUGCUGCCCAUGGAGAUCAUCCUUGCUGCCAAAUGAAAAGCAACAUGCUUCACGAAAUUUCUACCAACCUCUGCAGUCUCCUCUCUUAGAGCCACGAUGCUUCUUUUCCUCCUUCAGCUCCUGUGAUGCUUCCAUUUUUCUUUGCACUAAGGAGGAGAGGCAGCAAGUGAGAUAUGCCAGGACUGCUUGCUCCCACAGGCAAUGCCAAUUACUUGCUAACAAAACAAAAUUAAACUGAAAGGAGAAUGUUUGUUAAAAAGACUAAAGCAAUUGCCAAAGUGCUUUGUAGGACGAACAUAUUCUGCUAGUUCCACUACCACAGUCUGUGCCGUGCAGUUUCGUUUCUGUUUAUUUAGGCUCAUCUUUUUUGGUCCUUAAUUUGUAUGUGCAUGCAUGCAUUCAUUCGGCAAGUCCUUACUGAGCACCUACUACAGGCACAGCCGCUGCCCAUUGGUCUUAGCUCUCCAGUUUAACUCGACCUGCCCGCGGGAAAAAGUCUAUUGGAUUUGUAACCAAAUAGAUUAAAUUGUCAUGUUUAACUAAAAAAAAAAAGACAGAGAAAUGAAAACAGUGAUUUAUAUGAUCCAAUGUAAUACCUACCCUUAUGAGUUGUUUAAAAUAAAGCUACAUGUAAGAAACUUCAA